AUGAAUAGCUCUUCCUCCCGCCCUCAGCGCCCAUCGUCUCCGCCUUUGUUAGCCUCGGAGCGCCUGGUUGCUGAAUUGCGUCCUGUUAUUGCGUCGUUGACUGAUGUUUGCAAUCAGAAGACUGACUUAGUCCAAAAUAUCCUUAGCGCAACUGAGAAUCUCCUCCGGUUGCGCCACACUUUUAUCGACGAUGAUAACGCCAGAGGCGCAAAAGACAUUUUCCGCCAACUGCUUGGCUUCCAAACUCUACUCCGGCUGCUACGGUUAAUAGGAGACAUUUAUGACCCCUCUACAUUAUCGAAGGAAGAUAGGAAGAGCCUUUUAGUCUUAACUAAAGAUAUCCAUGGUGUUCUUGCCGAAAGCCUGAAAGACCACCCUGGCAACAAGAGAUAUUUCUCCAAACAGCUGGAUUCGGGUGGUGUUGCGCUUCUGGAAAGUAGCCUGUCGCCAUUGUGUAACAAGUUGGGCCAGCAUGCGGAAGGAACCAGUUCCCCUGAUACUGCUGACAUUGAGCAGUUUUAUGGCGGACUCCUUGCUGCGGCUUUGACGCAAGAGAUGUUCUCUGACUUUUUCGCAGUGAUAGGGAGAAAUGUUGAUCUAAAAAAUGAUUAUCCAAACUCCUCAGCAAUAGUGCAAGAAGUCACCAGUGAAACUCUAGGCCAAUCAGAAACAAUCGAAAAUGGCGAGUUCGUGGGUCCUCUUUUGAGACUAUGGCUCGCACAGUCAUCAAAAUUUCCGGGCUCUAUCCUGCAUUUAGCUAUUCCGGCGUGCUUGAUUCACCUAGCAAAGCAGUCACAGCGCAAUUUAUUAGCACUCCAUUCAACGGCAAUGCUCAGCAGCCUUCUGCCAAUCGUUAUAGAUUCAAAAGCGCUCGGACAAGAGCGGGACCUGUAUCGCCAACUAGCGAGUAUAUUAUGCUCCGAGGGCAUAAAUAACUUGGAAGAUGCUGCGCAGCUUUACCGAGCGGCUCAUGACACCCCCAACGUUUCGAGAUUCCUACUGGACGCAAUUAAGUCGUCGAAGAAUCCAGCAUGUAUUCAUUUUGACCUCUCCAGGCAUGGAUAUUCUUCCCUUGAGCUACCGGCGUUGGGCAAACCAUUUCCACCCAGCCACUCUGCUGGGUAUACUCUUGCCGUGUGGGUGCGCUUCGAUAACUUUGACCCGGCUGCUCACACCACCAUAUUUGGAGCUUUUGAUCCUAGCCAGGCUUGUUUUGUACUAGCGUAUAUUGAAAAGGAUACUCAUAAUUUUAUCCUCCAGACGUCAAUGAAGGGUGCUCGCCCGAGUGUUCGUUUCAAAUCAACGGUAUUUGAGCUUGGUAAAUGGUACCAUAUAUGCAUUGUCCAUAAAAGACCUCGACCCAUAUCAUCGUCACGGGCAACAUUAUUUGUCAACGGGGAGUUCGUAGAGCAGUUAAAACCCGAGUACCCAUCUAUUCCAGCUACUACUGCCCCUCACCGCGUGCCUCGCGUCCAAGCCUUCUUAGGGACUCCGGAGGAGUUGGCAACUCGGCUUGGAAAAGGGGUGUCAACGUCCCGAUGGUCCUUGGCUUCUGCUAUCUUAUUCGAUGAGGCAUUUACGGAUGAUAUUAUAGCGGUUUUCUACCAUUUGGGCCCUCGAUAUCAUGGCAAUUUCCAGGAUUGUUUAGGGUCAUUUCAGACUUACAAAGCAUCCGCUCAGUUGAAUUUGCGCAAUGAGAGUUUCCAUCCUGGUAAGGAAGAGCAGUCGGAUAUCGUCGCCGUUAUUCGUCAGAAAGCCAGUAGCCUGAUUCCAGAAAAUUCUGUCCUGCUGAAUAUAUCCCCAAUGACAAUCCUCGAUGAUGAUGAUAGCAAUAAUGUUGAUGAAUCACAGCUCGUUAAGUCACUGUCAAAACAGGCUGCCAGAAAUUUGAAUCGUCUCACUAAGGCUGGUGGAAACGCUGUUGCUAUCAACGGUUCCGUUCCUGCAAUAAAUGAUGCGUUAACCCAAGCACAUGGUGUUGCAACUUUGACUGGAGACCCUGUUGUGAUCGUACCACAGUCACUGGAUGAUGCUAGCUGGCGGAUUGGUGGAUGUGCUGCGCCACAUCUCAGUUUGAUCGAAGCAGCAUCCACGUCCGAUAGUAUUUGUAUAGCUGUCGAAUCUCUGUUCGAAGCCGUCCAAGAUAACUGGAGAAAUAGUGAGGCGAUGGAGCGGGAGAAUGCUUACAGCAUACUUGCUGUUCUUCUUCGCGAGAAACUUGGUCUAUCAUCUCACAUUCAGAAUGCCAUUUCGAAGCCUACCGCUCUAUUUUCAACCCCUGAGCACCACAAUGGGUUAGCUAUGGAGAUUCUCCUCCUUAUACUAAAAUUUGUUGGCUAUGACUUCCAGGACCCGAAGAAGUCUAUAAUUACUAACCCACUAGCUUAUCGGGUCCUUCUCGUUGAUUUGGACAUCUGGAGGCUAGCAGAUCUGCCUUUGCUUGAGAUAUAUUAUUCUCAAUUUGUCACGUUCUGCUCCGAGUCCAAUAAUCAUCAAUUCAAUACCAAGCGUCUUUCUCGAAUGCGUGUUGUCAAGAAACUCCUGGAUGGAAUAAAAGGGGAGAACUUUACUGCAGAAUCUAUCAAACUUUUUAUUCCUUCACUUAGUUCCCUCGUAACGUCAUGUAUGUCGGCGGAAAUUUUUCGGUCGCUUGCUCUAUUUAUCACCUACUCCAUUCACGGUGUCUCGCAGAAGCACAAAGGCGCUCGCUUCGAUGCUCGGGCUAAACAACCGAGGUUUGCCCAUUUCUUGAAUCUGGAUAGACCCUACCUCUCCAAAACUCAAGUAGGAAUCGAAGUCUUGAAAGCAUAUACAAACAUCGUUUGUAAAGAGAAUGGCACGACGAAUAUUGUCAAAUUUGCGAGAACCGUGACCAAUAAGUGGUUGUUAUACUUAAUCUUAGAAAACAAUCCCGAAGUGGUGGUGCUGGCAACCACCAUUCUUGCGAGAUUACUAGUCACACAUGGCAGCAGUUAUACGAGGAAGUUUGCAGACAAAUCAGGUGGAUUCGUCAUCAUGCAACGUUGCCUGAGACGUUGGUGGCAUAUUCCUGUUCUUUGGCCGAUUUGCUUUGCGAUCCUGUUCGGAAAAGAUGUUGGUCAAUUAGACCUUGACCGACCUUUUGACCACUUCGGAUUUUUAGAUCUAUUUAACUCCGGUGGGGACCUGAAAGUCCUCUGCCCUGAGAUUCUUCCUGUCAUUACAGGAAUGCUUAAAGCCGGCAUCAAAGCGACAGUCCUGAAAAGCAGCGAAACAUCUGUUGUCGAAGGCACAAAUGAGCUUAGUAGAAAUCGAGAAAAUCGACGUUCCAUGUCAAGCACAACACCUCCAGAUUUUGGUACCCUCAACACAUCUUCUGGGUCAAAUAUUGAGCUGUUAAACACAGUCGUUGGCUUUCUUGCCGAUAUUCAUGUCAAGUCUCAGCAUUUUCGUGACUUUACUAUUACGUCUUCUUAUGUGCAAGAGCUUCUUUUCCUCCUGUUUCCAGUCGUCGUUGGCUCAGAUGCAGUUAGCGCCGAUGUAGAGCUGCAUUCUCAGUCUUCCGGACUGACAUUUGGAACGCGCGAUGUGGUUAUCCGCCCGCUUUCAAAUGCUCGUCCGGUUCUACGCACCACAACGGUAGAGAAUUCUGAGCCUCCCGACGGUGACAAUGGCCUUAUACGGCGCUCUUCCUUCGUUCUCGUGUCAUCCGAUAAAUCUCAGCUCGCUCCGUCGUUGGCUCGACUUCACCAGGCUGUUGCCCUGAAAUCCGAGAGGGUGAAUACUCCUCCCGCCCAUUCAAUUGUGCAAGGGGUCUUGGAAGUGGUUGCGGCGGUUAUCAUUGACCAAGUGCUCACAAGAAAGGACUUCGAAUUGGCGCUCCACUUGGCAACUCCUCCAGGGUUCGUUGAACACCAAACAUAUUUUGAGUCUUGGGUCCUUCGGAAUGUACUAUCUCAACUCAAAAAUACCAUCUUAUUAAACCGGAAACUUCUCUGGGAACCUCGAGUUUUAACAAACGUCUCCAAGCUUUUAACACACCUUGUGGAAAUUCUUUAUGAGGGUUGGUUUAUAGACGGCGCGAUUUCCAUUUUAGAAUUUUCAGGGCCAAUCCUCGAAUAUUUGCAGCAGCCCGACGUUGCGAAUCUAAAAAGCAUUCGACUAUGUAGUCAGGCAAUCUCUUCGAUCCGAUCAGUGGUCUCGCGCACAGUGUUACUUCGGCUCUCUGAGGCUGAGGCGUCGGACGCACUCGACUUUCUCAAGAAGCUAACCUACUGGCAAACAGUAAUUCUGUCUACCGAAGAGCCCCAGGCAGAAUACUUACCUUUGAUAUGCUAUUUGCUCUAUUCUAAAUUAGUUACAGACGAUGAAGAUGUUCGAGUGGCUUCUGCAAACUUGUGGCGGGUGCAUUUGGUACAGAAGCCAUCAGAGAUGUCAGCGCUCCUGAACUAUGCCGGUUCCUCCCUUCAAAAACGCUUGUUUUCCGGUUUCCAAAAGCUGGUUGGUUUAGAUGACGAUAGUUUCCUGCGCUGGGUUGAUGACCAACGCGAUGAUCUUGACUUGUUUUUCUUCGGCGCUCUGUCAAAAAAAUGGGAAGCCUUUGUUCGUGAUGAAAACAACAAAACUGAUGAACGUGCACGGGUAAGGCUUUCAAAGAGAAAGGAUAAAUUGAAACUGUGGAAUCAACUUGAUAUCGCCCAGGACGAAAUAAUCCGCAAACAUGAUACCACCUAUGAGCACUGGACAUCGAACAUUUCUACCUCUGAACAUCUCAAGCAUCAACGAUCCCUACAAGACCAACAGGACAACCUAGCAUUUUUAUCUUCAUCUUUUGCCAAAAUGUACCGUGAUUUGAGGCGGGAUAAUGGGAUCCUGGCUGGAAGCACUGAGACCAAAUGGCGCCUUGACCAGACUGAAGGAAGGGAUAGGAUGAGACUACGAAUAACUCCAGAUGACACGGCCGGAGGGCAAAAUUACCAACCAAAGCGCAGAACAUUACAUGAGCAUCCAAGUAUUAAACUAGACACACGAGUCCGUGCUGUUGAACAAGACAUGGUUGGAAUCACACCCACUCCUUUCGUUGCUGAACCUACUGAAUCUGAAUCUCAAGUCGAAGGUCCAACGGACGCGCCCAACAGCGAUCGUGAUGACAGAUCGGGCCUUGAGGGUAGUUAUGAAAUGAUAGAGGACCCGUUGGAUGGACAAAGUGAUUAUGAGGACAAGAAUAGGAAGGUUAUGAGAAGUCUCCAUCGGGGAGACCAAGUCCAGCAUGUUUGCAAUAUUUCUAGAAUUGAGGGGCUUGAAGCGUGUGAAGGACUCCUAAUUCUCGGGAAAGAUUCGGUCUAUAUUCUGGAUAACUUUUUUCAACGGGCUGAUGGUGAAGUUGUCAAUGUUAGGCAAGCGCCUUCUGAAGAGCGGGAUCCUUACGUUCGCAUGAUUUCCGGCCGCCAAUCAGAUGACCGACGAGUGAAUAAUGGAGAACAUGAAACCAGAAGUUGGAAAUGGGCGGAGGUGAUCAGCGUAUCGAAGCGGCGAUUUUUGUUCCGCGACGUUGCACUGGAAAUAUUCUUUGCGGACGGUCGAAGCUAUUUGCUCACAAUGGUGUCUCCUACACUUCGGAAUGAGUUAUUCUCGCUUCUCUCAUUUCGUGCCCCCCAAAUAAACGGAUCCGGGAACGCAACGCAGACCGAAGAAAUGUGGAGAUUUGAAGCCUUGCGCAGUCAAGAGGACAACACUCAAUUCUUCAGAGCGAAGAUUGCUAACGUGUUUAACCAAAACCCUACUAACCCAGCCACUCGAAAAUGGAUCAAAGGAGAAAUGUCAAAUUUUCAUUACUUGAUGUUUGUCAAUACCAUGGCCGGACGAACGUUCAAUGACUUGACGCAAUACCCUGUUUUCCCCUGGGUGCUUGCAGAUUAUACGAGUGACGAGCUGGAUCUGACAAACCCUAAAGUCUUCCGCGAUUUAUCGAAACCGAUGGGAUGUCAAACUCCAGAACGGGAAUCAGAAUAUCGGAGCCGAUACCAAUCAUUUGCCGAGAUGGGUGACCAUAAUACAUUGCCGUUCCAUUAUGGGACGCACUAUUCUUCCGCGAUGAUUGUCACCUCGUACCUCAUCCGCCUUCAGCCAUUCGUAAAAUCGUACCUCCUCUUGCAAGGAGGAACAUUUGACCAUGCCGAUCGUCUUUUCUAUUCGAUCCCCAAGGCAUGGGAAUCAGCAUCCAGAACUGCCAUGACCGACGUGAGGGAAUUGAUCCCCGAGUUUUUCUAUCUGCCUGAAUUUCUGGUAAAUUCAAACAAAUAUGAUUUUGGGCUGAGACAAAGCAAGUCUCAGUCAAUAGAUAAUGUCGAAUUACCACCUUGGGCUAAUAAAGACCCGAAAAUAUUUAUUGCCAAGCAUCGGGAAGCGCUCGAAAGCCCAUAUGUGACGAGAAAUCUCCAUAAAUGGAUUGAUCUGGUAUUCGGCAAUAAGCAGAAAGGCGAAGCUGCUUUGGAGGCAGUGAAUGUAUUUCACCAUCUAUCUUACCAGGGCGCUAAAGACCUAGACACCAUCGAUGACCCUGUCGAGCGCUUGGCAACGAUAGGCAUAAUCCAUAAUUUUGGACAGACUCCCCAUCAGGCAUUCCAAAAGCCCCACCCGCAGAGAGAGGAGAUAUCACACAAACAGAAACGGUUGGAUACGGCGGCAGAGUCACUAACUCGCUUGCCCUUCACGUUACUUGAUAGUCAAGAGCGAGUAUCAUCGUUGCUAUUCUCAUGCAAACAAGAUCGGCUACUCUGUUCUGCUGCCUUCAGACUCAAUAUUCCACCGAACUAUGACAAGUACAUUGAGUGGGGUUUCUCCGAUGGUAGUGUCAGGUUCUAUACUGCUGAUACCAGGAAGUUGAUCGGCCAUUUCGAGCACCUACAUAUAGGUCAGCUAUCCGGUGCCUUAUUUGCAGAUUCCCAGACUCUGAUCACCUCUGGAACGGAUUGUACUGUCUCGGUAUGGUCAUUCACAUCGACGUCCAAGUCAGCAGAUCUUCAUCCGAAAGCUACGUUAUUUGGACACCGUUCGCUGGUCACCACUCUUGCCGUUUCAAGAUCCUUUAGUACCAUCCUCUCCGCUUCCAAGGAUGGAAAGAUAAUGCUAUGGGAUCUAAAUCGUCUGGAAUUUGUGAGGUCAUUACCGAACGGGGGACCUGUCGAUUGCGCACGCAUCAACGAUGCUACCGGGAAUAUAGUUGUCUGCCGUGGAAAUCGUAUAAGCCUCUAUACACUAAAUGGGGAUUUGCUUCUUGAGCAAGCUGUGUGCGAGCAAGCUGAUGAUUGUAUCCUGUCCUGUGCUUUCUACGAAGGUGUUAGUAGCGAAUGGCUAGAACGGGAGUUAUUAUUUACAGGUCAUAAGCGUCGAGUGGUCAAUAUAUGGAGUAAAACGAUACGGAACGGCCGAUUCGAGCUCGAUCUAAUCCGCCAGUUACAUCAUGUUGACAACACCCGCGAGGACGGGGCCAGCAACGUUACUGCGGGUAUUAGUUGUAUUCUGCCGUUGGCGCAGUCUGUUUAUACCGGUGAUGAAGUUGGGCAAGUUUAUGAAUGGGAUUGUGUCCCCCGCCGUUGA